GAGUAUCAAUUAUCAAACAUUCAAACCCAUCACCGCAUCCCCAACUCGCCACCAACCACCACCACCGCCGCACGAACCCCCGAGCGCCCGAAUCCCACACCGCACCACGCGCCGCGCCGCUGCGGCCCCGUCCCCGCGUCCCCUGUUCCGCCCCCCGGCUCCGGAUCCGCUUCACCUUCACGUGGCGCAGGCGUCCCCGGUUUACCCCACCGCCGUCGCCCGGGUCCCGCCGCACGCAGGCGCCCGCGUGUGUGCGUGUCCUGCGGCCCCUCUCCCUCUCGUCGUCGUCGGUGAAAAAGGAAAAGAAAAACAGAGAGGAGGAGGCGUUUUUAACCGCGGUGCUCAGCGGGGUGGUGAAAAAAUCUCCGACCCGGGUCCAAAUCCAGGUGACGGCCGUUGACCGCGACCGUGGGGGCAGUGAAGUGGUGGCCGGGAGCGAGCGGGAGGAGGAAGGAGACAUCGAGGGGAGGAGUGACCCGGAAGCAAGCGGAGGGCGAGCAGCCAAGCCAGCAGCGGAUGGGGGAGUGGGGGCGGUGGUAGCCAUCUCGCGCACGCCUUUCCCCGUACAAGCUGCUCCUCUCUUUCCUUAUCUCUCCCCCCCUGAUUACUACCCAGCAGCUGCAGCCCCCGCCCUCCUCGGCGGAUCGGAGGGGCAGUUGAUUUCCGGGCGGCGGCGGCGGCGCCAUGAAGCGGCAGAGGUCGUACGGAGAUGACAUGGACGACGACCGGAGGAGGUUCUACGACCGAGGACCCCCGCCGCCGCCGCCGCCUCCGCGGCGGCGGCCGGGGGACUACGACGGCGAUGGGUUCGACCGCCGGAAGGGGUUCGGCGGCGGCGGCGGCGGUGGCGGUGGUUUCUACGACCACCGGUACAGGGAGUCCCCAUCUCCGCGAGGGUACGGCGGGGACCGGGCGAUGCACCGGUCCGAGAGCUUCUCAGGCUUCCGGCGGGAGUUCCCCAAGGGGUUCCGCUCGGAGCGCGACCGGUCUCGGCGGGACGGUGGCGGCAGCUCGGCGUGGAGGCGGCAGAGCGGCGGGUGGAGGGAUUCGGAAGGUUUGGACGGGUACAGGGCGGCGCCCAGGCGGUCCGGGGCGUCGCCGCCGACGCCGCCACUGCGGUUGCCCAGUGAGUCUAGCAGGAGGUUUGAUGGUGCGAGGGUGGAGAAGUCCAGGAAGCAGAGCUUUGGCAUCAGCGAGAUGGAGGAAGGGGAGGUUGCGCCAGAUCCCGAGACCAAGGCCCGCGCUGCUGCGGUGGAUCACCGGAAGCAGAUCGAGUUUUCUGGGCAUGCCAAGGAGAAAGGACCGGAGCGCGGUGAGGUGAAAAAAGUGGAAUCCGGUGUGAGAGGGGAUUUAGGAGCUCAUGGUAAAGGAGUGGCUGGUUCAUCUGCUGCUCGCAAUGCAGGGAGGGAAGAAGGGAAGAUCAAGGAUAGUAUGAUUGCAGAAGCAGGAACGGUAACUCAUACAAGGCAUGAAAAAUCCACCUCAGAUGCCGCAGUAUCAACGGGGAGAGGACAUGAGGUGCAAGGGCAAGAUGAGGCUGCCAAUGCUCUCAAUCAAGUUGGACAGUGCGUUUCAUCCAGUGGAAGUCACAAGGUGCCACAGGAGGAAACGAUGAUACGGGAUGAGGCUGCCAACGUUGUUGAUGCGAUUGGGCAGAGCACUUCGUCUGAUAUCCAGCAGGAAGCUGUUUGUGAGAAGGCGGCUGUACGAGAUGAAACUGCUAAUGCUGCUGAGGAAGCUGGGCAGAGAACUUCAUCUAGUGUACAUGAGGAGGCUAUUCAUGAACAGGCAACUAUACGGAAUGAAACUGCUAGUGAUGUUGAUGAAGCUGGGCAGAGCACUUCAUCUAACAUCCGGAAGGAUGCUAUUCAGCAAAAGGCGACUAUACGAGAUGAAACUACCAAUGCUGUUGAUGAAGCUGGGAAUGGCACUUCAUCUAGCAACCAGGAGGCGGCUAUUCAGGAAAAGGUGCCUGUACAAGAUGAAACAACCAACGCUGUUGAUGAAUCUGGGCUGGGCACUUCAUCCAGCAUACAUCAAGGACUUCAGGAGGAAGCGAUGGCAUUAGAUGAAGCUGUUGAUGCUGCUGAUGUGGUUAGGAAGGUCAGUUUGUGCGGUAUGCAUCAAGAAGCUCUUCUGGGGAAAACGAGAGAUCAAACUGCCAAUGAUGUUGACAGGGUUGAAUGUAGUACUUCAUCUGGUCUUCUGCAGGUGACACCACAGGAAGGAAUGGCAUCAAUAGAUGGAACUGCCAAUGCUGUUGAGCCAGAGAAGAUUGAUUCUGAUAUGUUGAAGGAAACGAUUGAAGGAGAGCUGGUGCUAGAUGGAACUGCUGAUGUGGUGGGAGAGGGAAAUUCACCUAGCACUGUAAAGGAAGCAAUGCAUGGAAAAAUAACUGCAGAAGACGGUUGUCCCAGUAGUGCUCUUGAAAUAGCUAAAAAGUGCAAGCAGUCGGCUAUUACAGAGGAACUGGUACAUGAAAAGGUGGCGACCUCUCCAAGCCAAGGGGCCCCAGAAAUGAAAAAAAAUGAAAAAGGUACUAUAUCCAGCAAGAAGAUGAGUGAAUCAUUUGAACCUGAUGCGUCUCAACAUGUGGAAGAGGCACUCCCGAGGGAUGGCCGUGAAAAUAUAGUUGCAUUAAGUGAUACUGAAGUCCCAGAACAAGAGGCAGCUGCUGAGAACAAAACUAUCGAGAAGGAAGUAAAAGGUUUUUGUUUGGAAGCAAACUCAGUAGGUGCUAAUGUGUUCCUUCAACCAAGCAAGGAAUGUAAUGGGGAUAGGAAGGAAGAGGGUACAGCUUUAAAUUUAAUUAUGGGGAAACCUAGUGCUGAAGAUAAAGGAAAGGGUAUAGCAUUUGAUGUCCUUAGUAAAGAAGAAGACAUAGGGGUAGGAAGUUCAGUAGGAAGAUCAUUUGACUUAGCACUGCAACCUGACAUUGACCGAACAGAGGUGCUAAAAUCUAGUGGGACUGUUUCUGUAAAGCAGGAAGAUGACACACCUAAGAUAGGGAGGCUUGACCUUUCACUUAGCUUAUCAGGUUGUUUACAGAAUCCUGAAUUCAAAUGCUCAGUUCCCAGAUCUGAAUCUCUAGACCUUGCAACAUGCUCCCAAAUGUUGCCAUCAUCAUCGUUCCGCACAAAUUCAGAAGGGUUCACAGGUUCUGUAUCAUUGACCAAUUCUCAAACAUUUGUUCACAAUCCUAGUUGCUCACUUACCCAACAGUCAUUAGACAACUAUGAGCAUUCAGUCGGCAGUAAACCUUUAUUUAAGGGUGUUGAUAAGUUGAGCGACAGCACAAGAUGGCAAGCUCAGUUGUCGAAUGAAUCUACUAAGAAGAGGGAACCUACCGCAGUUCUUCAGAAUACAGUAAAAUAUGGUAAUCUGCCAGACAAGACCUUUCUUGGUGUGAAUGUGCAGAACAAUGGGAUUUCCAAGGACAUUCACAGGCGCGCAGGGAUCUCAGGUGUUUUGUCGCCAACUCAUAGUCGGGAUUCUCAUGAUUCAGGAUUUGAACAAAGUAGACAUAGAAGGCAGCUCACAAGAGAGAGAAGCAGCAGCAGUCUUACAAGGGGUGAGCGGCAGGAUGGGCAACAACUUGUCCUUAAUGGUGCUGGUGUCAUCGAAAGGAUUAUUUCCAAGAUAGUAUCAGAACCUUUGCAUCAUACAGGAAGGAUGCUUGACGAGAUGACAAGCAAUUCUGUAACAUACUUGAGGGAGGCCAUUUCUGAUAUCAUAGCUGAUGCGGAUAAAAGAGGGCAGGUGGUAGCAUUGCAGGAGGCACUUAAAAAAAGGUCUGACUUGAAUAGUGAAAUGCUGCAAAGGUGUCCACGCGUAUUGCUGGAGAUACUCGUUGCUAUAAGAACUGGUCUUCCAGAUUUUAUGAAGAAAAGUAAUAGCAUUGGUACAUGUGAUUUGGUUGACAUUUUUCUGUAUUUGAAAUGCCGCAAUCUCUCAUGCAAGAGCAUUCUACCAGUAGAUGAUUGUGAUUGUAAAGUUUGCCAACGGAAGACUGGUUUCUGUAGUUCUUGCAUGUGCAUUGUCUGCUCAAAUUUUGACAUGGCAUCUAAUACAUGUAGUUGGGUUGGUUGUGACGUAUGUCUUCACUGGUGCCAUACUGAUUGUGGCCUGCGCCACUCUCUUAUUCGGAAGGGGGGAAGUGGCUCGAGGGCAUAUAGUACUAAUGAGCUGCAGUUUCAUUGCGCUGCUUGUGGGCAUCCAUCAGAGAUGUUUGGUUUUGUGAAGGAAGUCUUCCGAACAUGUGCUAUGCAAUGGAGGAUGGAGACUCUGGUUAGGGAGCUUCAGUACGUAGAAAGAAUUUUUUCUUCAAGUGAUGAUGCAAGGGGAAAGAGAGUCAGGGACUUUGUAAAACAGAUGAUAAUUAAACUGGAAAACAGGGCCUAUCAUCCUGAAGUAGUGAAAUAUAUCAUGGCGUUCUUUUCUGAUGACAAUUCUAACGCUGGUAGUGGUACAUCAGUACCACUGAAGGGCAUUCCAUGCAACAUUGCUGAAAGAAUAGAUGGGAUUCCUAGUUCAAGUCGAAAGGCACCAUCAUGGCUACCAUCGGUGACCCUGGAGGGAGUUCCAUUUUUAGAAAAACAAGGAGUAAUUUCAACCACCGGGAGCCCAUUAACGCUUAGAAAAUUUGGCGGAACUGACUUCCAGACAGUUGAUAAUAAGCCUACUGUUGAUGAACUGGAUGCCCUAAUCAGGUUAAAGCAGGCUGAAGCAAAUAUGUACCAGCAACGUGCCAAUGAUGCACGCAAAGAAGCUGAGACUCUGAAACACGUCACCAUGGUUAAACAUGCACAAAUAGAGGAACAUUAUGCUACUCAAAUAGGUGAACUCCACAUAAAUGAGUUACAAGAGCAACGCAAAAGAAAGAUUGAAGAACUGCAAGUCAUUGAAAGGACACACCAUCGAUUUCUCAGCAUGAAAACAAGGAUGGAAGGUAGUAUUAGGGAAUUAUUGUUGAAGAUGGAAGCAACAAAACAAAAUUUUAGCACAUGAGCCAAGAUAACAGCUCUGGGUUGAAGAUACCAGGAUUUACUCAACUUGCCUAAUGAAGGUUCCAUGUGAUGAGGGCAGUUCUUAUCAUCGUGGCGUGCCUUACUACAUAUCUGGACAGUUCUUAUGGAAGGGUGCUAGACUGCAAAUCUGCAACUUUAAGCAUCACAAUGAAGAUGAGCAUGAAUGUUCUCUUAUGAGAACAGGCGAGUGGAUCAUAAUCGUUGCAAAACCUGUUUGGUCAAAUACAAUUCUGAAUCCAGUAUGGAUUGUUGUUGCAAGGGAGAACACAAACUGAAGCACAGUAAUCAGGCCUGCAAGGUCCUCGAAGCAGAAUUUCAGAACGUAGCUAGACAGCAUCUAAAUUAUGAAUUGAUGUUGGCAAUAGUAUAGGUAGGCAUGAAUUAUUUCUCGUAUGUAAAUUAUGAUAAGGUUUAUGGUUCUGAUCUUCAGUGAGAAGAUGCAUUACCAGUUUCCUUUUUUUUUUUAUCUAAAUUAUGCAGCGUUUGUACGUCGGCCACGUACGUGCAUGGGAAUGCGCCGGCAUGGAAUGAGUGUGAAAUGCAAUCCGGAAAUGUGUCGCCAGCCGCUCCUGCUGGGAUCACAUUGCUGAUA